AAUCUAAGUCUUAGCCCUCUCUUGUUCCCCACCGGCCCUAUCUUCUCUCUCGCUCUCCACCAUACCACCCCUCUCCUCUCUCUCUCUCUCAUACGUCCAAAUGAGAUCCACGGCAAGAUCGGCAAUGAGGAGAUCCAUGGCGAGCUUCAACGAGCAAGGAAGGAAAGGGGCCAAGAGAUCCACGGCGACCUUGGCGAGCUCAACAACGAGGAGAUUCACAGCGAGCUGCAGUGGUGGUGUGGCUAACCGCGGAGCGCACAGAGGCCACGGCGCUGCUGCAGUGGGGAGGCGAGGCGGUGCGAGCGGGAACAGGAGAGCAAGAUCCAUGUCACCUUCGAUGGCCCUUCUUGAAGAGAUCUGGCUCUCUUGCUCUUGCAGAUUCGAAGGGGAGCUCGACGGCCUUGAGCUCGCUGGUGAGGUUGGAGAUGAGGGGCAUGCAGCGGGCACAGUGGGUCCAGGGGCACGGGUGAGUUCUUUGUGUGAUGUUGAAUAUAUUUAUUUGUGUGAUGUUGAAUUGAGUCCAAGGGCGGAAUCAGUUCAUGUGAUGUUGAAUCGAUUCUCUUAUGUAAUUCUAUCAGUUUGUGGUAUGUUGAAUUAUUUUUGUGAUUUUGGAUUCUAUCAGUUUAGCUAAUAUUGAAUCAGCUUUGA